AUACGUCUAUUUCGCUGAGACAAAAGUCAGUAUAAUGCGCAUUCUCAAGUUGCAAUCACCUAGUGUGCUGUUACUGCUUCUGAGCUUUUCUUGGCACCAUACAAGUCAUGGAGCCGUAAAGCGCAGCAUAGAUACAUCGGCUUCCUUUGCAAUGAUAACAGAUGAUCGGUUGCCGAAAGAUGUCGUGCCACAAAGUUAUGAACUUCAUAUAGAACCUAACUAUGAAGAAAGUACCUUUAGCGGGCUUAUAAAAAUGAAUUUGAGUUGGACUGCAGACUCAAAGAAAAUUUCGCUUCACGCUCAUUAUGAUUUAAAUAUUAACGAUAGGAAAAUUGUUCUACGAAAAUCUAAUACGAGUAGCAGUGACCCGCAGAAAAUUACGGUUCUGCGCGGCAGUCGCUUUCCAAAGAAAACAAUUUAUAUAAUCUACCUUAAGGAAACAAUAAAACAAGGUACAGAAUGUGUUAUAGAGAUUCCUUUUGACGGAAAUAUUUGGAAGAGUGCGAACGGACUUUUCAAAGGAUCUUAUGCAAAUGUAACCUAUUUGGCCACCUACUUAAGGCCAAAUAAUGCGCGACGCUUGUUUCCAUGCUUUGAUGAACCAGGAUUCAAAGUUCCGUUUGCAGUCUCCAUUACAAGACCUAAGGAUUUUGUUACGGUAUUUAAUACAGCACUAGCUCGAUCUGAUGAACACUUAACUUUAAAGGACCAAGUAAUAGACUAUUUUGAAAAAACUCCACCAAUGUCUUCGUUUACAUUUGGCUUUGUGACAUCGAAACUUCAAAAAUUGGAUAUCAAAUUGACAAAGAAUGCAACAUCGUUGUCAGCACCUGUUAUUAAUAUUUGGGGUAUUCCAGAGAGUGCAAAUCAAUUACAGGGCACUUACGAAAAAAUCAUACUUAUUUACAAAUUGAUUCAGGAUUAUUUUGAGAUACCUAUCCCUCUAUCUAAAAUUGAUGUGGUUGCCAUACCUGACCUACCAAUAGUACGGCCAGCAGAUAACUGGGGUCUGUUGCUAUUUAAAGAAAGCGAUCUUUUGCAAAACCAAUACUAUUACAUAGCGCAGGAAUUAAUAUACCAAUGGAUUGGUUCGUGGGUGACUCCUGAGUGGUGGACUGAUGCACAUCUUAACAAAGCACUGGCAAGUUUUUUAGCAUCAGAAAUUGUAAUACAGAUAGAUGGUGGAAUCGAGUUUAACGGAAAGUAUCCAAUGACCACGCUUUAUUCAGUAUACUAUGAAUUCAGUAAAAGAUAUCCCCAUUCACGCAUUACUGGAAUGAAACAAGAAACUAUUUCACACAAAACAGAGCUUGUUAUACGCAUGCUAAAUUUCACAUUAGGAAAAGAAUCAUUUAAAAAGGGUUUAAAAAAAUGUAUUGAAGAUCAUCAAAAUCAGACAUUUGUCGCUGAUGAUCUUUGGGAUGCGCUUACCUCUCAGGCGAUUAAAGAUGGACGUCUUCAGAGCCAAUACAAUGUGGCGGACAUUGUCAGUCCAUGGCUUACAAAUCACCGCCUACCCUCAGUUCGCGUUAGCAGGGAUUAUGAAAAAAAUUCUGCAAAGUUACAACAGAAAGUUUAUCUUAGAGAACGGCCUCAUGAUGUGCCAGAGCAGGACAAAAUGCUUUGGUGGAUUCCCAUUAUUCUUAAUCGAGAAGAUGCAAUUAACUUUUCAAAUUGCAGUCCCUAUGUAUGGAUGGAAAAGACUCAACAGAUUAAUAUCCAAAACAUGCCAGGAAAGGAUAAAUUUAUUAUUAUAAAUCAAGAAGAAAUAGCUCCAUUUCCAGUCAAUUACGACGAAGAAAAUUGGAAAAUGCUGUCGACUUUCUUGCAAACUGAUAUUGGUCGAACUUUAGUUCCAACAUAUACUAGGUGACUAAAAUUACUACAUGAUGCUUGGAAUCUCGCUUACGCCGGUGAUUUAAGUUUUGCUACUGCCUUCAAUAUGACUUUAUUCAUGAAAUAUGAGCGCAAUCAUAUUGUGUGGAAUCCGGUCUUCACUUUCAUUGAUCAAAUUGGUCGGCAUAUAGAUAUGGCAGAAGUCCAUAAAAAAUUCGAGACAUAUGUUUUAAUUAUGCUAUCGCCCUUAUACGAAGAACUAGGUGCUGAGAGUGAAACCGAAGAGAGCUGGAAAACAGAUCUUCGAUCGUUGACUAAACGAUUUUUGUGCCGCGCAGGCUUUCAACCUUGUAUCGAAGAGGCAAAACAUGCGUACAGCGUCUGGCAACAAGCAGCCGACAGGGACUUCGAAAUACUGGUGCCAAAUCAUUAUAUGUGCCCCAUCUUUAAGUGGGGUUCCAUUGAUGAGUGGCAAUUUGGAUUAGAGCGUGUGAUCGAUUUCCCAAAAUCACGAAAGCAAAGUGAAAGAACUUACUUAUUAAAACAACUGGCAGGUUGUGCAACCAACUCUGAAAAGAUCAACCGACUGCUAAAAAUGUCGAUUCUAGACGACCACUCGAAUUUCACCGAAAACGAUCAAUUCCUAAUUUUUACUUCAUUAAGCUCAGGUUCCAGCGGUUAUUAUACAUUAUUUAAUUUCUUAUCUGAGAAUUGGACAACGAUUCAAAGAAAACUUCAAAAUAACACGAAUUUAUGGGACCAUUUGAUAAGUUCAGCCACUGGAUUUUUUUUAACUCAAAAAGGCUAUGAUAUGGUCCAGCAGCUAUACGAAAAGCAUACUGGAGAGUUUGGGAGUGCACAACACAUUAUUGAAAAGUCGCUUCGCAACAUAAAAGAAGAAGCAAAGUGGAGUGAAGAGAACCUUCCAGUUAUUCAAACUUGGCUUGAAAGCUUUUUAUCUACGAAUUAACACUGAACGAAGUGGUAUACAAUUUUUUUUAAUUUCAUUAAACAAACUAUGGUUGUUGAAUAAAAAUAUAUA